CCUAACAAGCAAGCAUCAUGUCUGGUCGUGGUAAGGGUGGUAAGGUUAAGGGCAAGUCAAAGUCCCGCUCCAGCAGGGCCGGCCUUCAGUUCCCUGUUGGCAGAAUUCACCGCCUUCUGCGUAAGGGCAAUUACGCCGAGCGUGUCGGAGCAGGUGCCCCUGUGUACCUGGCUGCUGUCAUGGAAUACCUGGCCGCUGAGGUCCUGGAAUUGGCAGGUAACGCCGCUCGUGAUAACAAGAAGACCCGUAUCAUCCCCCGUCACUUGCAGCUUGCCAUCCGUAACGAUGAAGAGCUCAACAAGCUGCUGUCUGGCGUCACCAUUGCCCAGGGUGGUGUUCUGCCUAACAUCCAGGCUGUGCUCCUCCCCAAGAAGACCGAGAAGAAGUAAACACUUAUCUUGGUUGUUCCAUCUCAACAUCGGCUCCUUUAGGAGCCACAGUAUCUCCCUAAUGAGAAAAUUGACAAAUCAUCAGCAAAAUAAUAAAAAUAACAAUAAUAAAUGCCAUACCCAUAACCUAAAACAAUAAUAAAGUUAGCAGCCAAUA